AUGGCGGAUCCAGGUUUUCCAGGCAAGAAUACUACCACAACUACUGUACAUACAAACAGUACUACUACUGUCCAAACCAAUGUGCGAUUUGAUCCAUUCUAUAUUAGAACCAUACCUGGGAUACUAAAAUGUGCUCAAAUGGCGCUCAACUUAAUAGGAUUCAUCUGUAUAGAAUGCAGCGGGUACUUAGCGACUCAUUCAAGGGGAGCCUUCUUCAAUUUCGUAGCUAUGACUGGAUUUUGGUUUACGGGCAUCCUGUUGGCGUUCUACUUAUUCCACCUUAUAGAAAAAUUCCACAGGGUGGCAUGGCUAAAGAUUGAAUUCAUAUUUUGUGCCGUAUGGACUGGUUUAUAUUUGAUAGCGGCGUCUUUAGCUGUAUCGUUUCACCAAGAAGCCUAUAUUGCCGCUGGGUUCUUCGGUUUCCUCGGCAUGAUAGCGUACGCAGUCGAUGCUUUCGUGAAGUUUAGGGCCAUCCAAAGUGGCCAACUUGCUCAAGGAGAAAGAGUAGUCAGCCGGCAAACGACAACUGUAACUAGUCCAGCAUAUUAA